AAUUGUAUAGACACAGAGCUAAUCUAAUCUUAGAGAGGGAGAGAGGGAGAGAGAGGGAGAGAGAAACAGAGCUAAUUCAUGGCUGGUGCCACUAGUUUUGGAACUGCAAGGUGUCUAAGAAGAGUAGCUCACGCUUUUGCACUCUCUCAUUCUUAUAUUCUCCCCACCAAUUCCAACCUCUCUCUCCAAAGGACCCUUUGCUCUCUUCCUCUCUCCGUUUCUUCUUCAGCUUCAGGUGUAAACCAGACAGUACAAGCUUUAAAGGGAGAAGUUGAUGUGUUACUCAAGGGAGUAGGUGAAAGAAGUCUCACUAAAGAAGUGAAGCAUAUUCUUGAGAUGGCUAGACGAGCAUCAUUAAGACGAGAGGUUCUCCAUACAGAUUUUCUAACCCCUCCAUUGCUGAAGGAAUCUAUGCAAGUAUUGGAAAAAGUAGCAGAAGUGAAAGCAAUUGCUCAAGGAGGUUACCCACAGGCUGAACGUUGUCGGAUUUCUGUUGGACAUCCAGAAGAAUUGACAAGUGAUCCAGAUGUUAUCUCAGCAUUGAGCAUUACAGGUAAUUUUCAGUUUGAACCUUGUUCUCAUGGUGACUUCCUUGGCUCAAUUCUUGGUACAGGAAUUGCCAGGGAGAAACUUGGAGAUAUUAUAUUGCAGGGAGAACGGGGUGCUCAGAUACUUCUUGUACCAGAACUUGUUGAAUUUCUUAUGUCAUCAUUGGAUAAGGUUCGUAAUGUUCCGGUAUCUUGCAGCAAGAUACCAUUAAUUUCUAUUGAUUAUGAACCACCAAGAACAAAAUCAUUCAAAGCUAUAGAAGCAUCACUAAGAGUUGAUGCACUGGCUAGUGCUGGGUUUAAGAUUUCGCGUUCAAAGCUAGUUGACAUGAUCAGCAAUGGUGAUGUGCGUAUCAACUGGACACCAGUUACUACCAAAGGAACCACGCUCAAGAGUGGAGAUAUUGUAUCAGUUAGUGGCAUGGGAAGAUUAAAGAUUGGAGAAAUAAACUCCACAAAGAAAGGAAAGUUUGCGGUGGAGCUCAUUCGGUAUUUGUAGUUGUUUUGUGCAAAAAAGCAACAAAGAAAAAGUGUAGACAGAACUUUCAUCUUCUUUUGUUUUUAUAAAUGUUCAUAUCUUCCUAUUUGAUUAUGUUAUAUUGUUACUGAAGUGAUGUCUAUUAAUGUUAUUUACAAACCACAGGUAAAAAUAAUCGGAUG